CGUCAAGUCAACUUGGCCAGGUCGUUGUGCAAGAGUACUGGCCCAUGAUUACCACUGUUUGACUCCGUUCGAUCGACAAUUUGUUUAUCCACGUGAUGUGUUAAAAUCAUACGGGUGAAUAGUCGCGGAUGGAAUAGUGUUCAAGUGAGUGAAGUUUUUUGCAUUGGGAAAACAUGCGUGAAAAAAUGUGUGACCUGCGAUUGACAAUGUUGGUCGCACUCUCGGUGGGAUUAUGUUCAAUCUCGCUGACGGAGGCAUUCAACAUUGAAUCGAGACACUACACGUCGUACACGAAAGAGUCAAAGUCAAUGUUUGGAUUCUCUGUUGCUGAAUACCGGGACAGCAGCAGACGUGGGUGGGUGAUCGUAGGUGCCCCAGAAGCUCAGACCUCGCAGCCGAAGGUCUACCGAGGUGGAUCAGUCUAUCGAUGCGAUGUAGCUCUCGAUGACAAUUGCGUGCCCAUUGAGUUCGAUGCACAAGGCCACAAUUUGUUGCAAAUACCAAAUGGUCCAGAUGCAUACGUUCAAAUUGACAACAAAACCCUCCAGUGGUUCGGCGCGACAGUCUCAACGUCAUCAGUAGACGGUGGUCCAAUCCUGGCCUGUGCCCCCAGAUAUGUAUUCUUCUCCAUUCAGGAGAACCGGAACUACAAUGACAGCACGAGGCAGCCAGUGGGCAAUAGGAGAGAUCCAGUGGGCACGUGCUGGGUCACCAAUAACUUGAACACCUCGAAGGAGUUUGCACCAUGUCGAACACGACACUUUGGUUACCAUCGGCAGGGGUCAUGUCAGGCUGGCCUGGGCGCAACGGUCUCCAAGGAUGGAGAGAGAAUAUUCAUUGGGGCGCCUGGAAGUUGGUACUGGCAAGGUCAGCUGUUCUCAAUCGCAAGGAGAUUGGAGAAUAGACUCUUCGUGCCGCCCACCAUCUAUACAGGACAAGUGUACACACAGUCGCCACAUACCAAGGGACAAGUCAUGUUUACUAAGGAAGGAUCUCCGGAGGAAGAUGACAGUUACUUGGGGUAUGCACUGGUGAGUGGAGAUUUUUUGGGCACUGGAGAUGUUGGAAGCGCUGUUGGUAUGCCUCGAGGGUAUGGACUUCAUGGCAAGGUGGUCCUCUUGACAUCCAACAUGACGAAUCAUCAAAACGUCACCGGUGAACAGAUGGGCGCAUAUUUUGGAUAUUCAUUAGCAGUUGGAGAUAUCGACGGGGAUCGCCUGGACGAUCUAAUCGUGGGCGCUCCCAUGUUCACGAUACCCGACAAUACCGAGAUGACCUUCGAGACUGGGAGGAUUUAUGUAUUCUAUGGGAGAGGGCCUAACAAAUACCGAGAGUUUGAUUUUAGAGACGGAGAGAGCAACAGAGGUCGUUUCGGUCUGUCAGUGGCAUCCCUAGGUGACCUAGACCUCGACGGUUACACGGACUUCGCAGUGGGUGCCCCCUACGCUGGUCCGGAAGGUCGUGGUGCCGUCUACAUAUACCACGGCUCCUCCGAGGGAGUUCUCGAGAAAUACUCCCAAGUGAUCUACGCAACGCACCUCAGCCACCGAGUCCAGACCUUCGGGUUUUCUGUGUCAGGUGGCCUCGACCUGGACGGCAACUCCUACCCAGACAUGGUGGUCGGUUCCUACGAGUCCGGAGCGGCGAUGUUCUUCCGAGCCCGUCCCGUCAUCAAGAUGGUGCAGGCUGCGACUUACGCCGAGUUCCAGUCAGCCUCGAAACUCGUCUCCCUCGAGGACCAAUCCCGAGUGAUUUCUAAUGGACUGAGAGUCACGUCUCUUCCCCUGAAGACUUGCUUCCAAUACGAUGGAAUCGGAGUUGCUUCUGAAUACGAAUUCAAUGUACAGUACGUUCUCGACGUGAAGAAGACGAAGAGCCCGAGGAUGUUUUUCCUAGAGUUCGAGGGUCUCAACGAGAAGAAUCUCCCGAUAAGAAUGAAGAAGGGUCAACAGAACUGUCGAAUAUUCAACGUAUACCUCACCCCGAACAUUCGGGACAAGCUCACCUCCCUCGACGCAGAAAUGAGGAUAAGUUUAGCAGGAGAUCAGUGGGUGGACCAACGCCCUAGGGACCCCCGACUGCCCCUGGAGCCAGUCCUCGCGAUGACGUCAACCCAGAAGGACAGCAUCUCCAUCCGGAAAAACUGUGGGGACGACAACAUCUGCGAGCCCGAUCUACGCCUCACCUGCAUCUCCAAACCGACAGAGUACCUCCUGGGCUCUGGAGAACGUCUCGAGCUCGAUGUUACCGUCACGAACAUGGACGAAGACGCCUUCGAGGCGACUUACUACCUGAUCCUACCCCUGGGAAUCGAUUACAUCAAGAUCGAAACACUCGUGUCCAAGGACACAUCAGUGAGGUGUUCCCCUCCAACAGCCUCCAACAACAACACCCUGAAGUGUGACAUUGGCAAUCCUCUUCCUCACGGAUCAGUCGUUCACUUCAAGAUCUGGCUGCAGCCGUCUCACGUUCAUGGGGAGAAGUCCACGUACGAUUUCCACAUGAAAGUCAACUCCACGAACCCCGAACCGAUAGAGAGAACUCAUGACAAUGUUCUAUAUGUUCCCACUGGAAUCCUCGUGAACUCUAAUCUCCUGGUCGAGGGCGAGAGCAAGCCCAAGGACUUGUACUACAACCCAUCCAAUUACACAGUAAUUAAUGCAACCACUGACAUUGAAUAUGGCCCAGCGUUCAUCCAUAAUUACACGAUAAGGAACAAGGGCCCAUCGACGAUCGAAGCUAGUGAAGUGUUCCUGGUGUGGCCAGGAAAAACUCUCGCAGAGGACGAUUUUGUUUACCUCAUCGAUCAACCUGUGGUGGAUGGCAACAUCAGAUGUGCCACAGCCAACGCAAACUCCCUGUCUCUGAGGAUCGAGAACAGGAAGAAAUUCUCGACUCACUACGAGACUCGACCUGGCUAUCAACCCCUGACGAAUCCCCAGAAGAAUAUUCAUGUUCACACUGGCGAGAAUAGCUACGAUUCUGGGGUGAAAGGGUCCAGAGGUGGGGAACAGAUUUACGAUUCGACUGAGAGGACUCGAGGAGAGAGUGAACAUGCAACGACUAGUGUUUGGGUGUCCAAGCCAGGGGGAGGGGUUGUCAUCAGCACUGGAGGGGGUGCUCUGGGCUCUUCAGAGGGUUCGAUUUACACGACCCAGAGGAAUUCAUUUGGAUCUGGGGGAUUUCAGGGAACGUGGGAGAGCGAUCGCACCUUCAGCAGAUCGAAUCAGAGUUCUCAUGGACUGAAUGAGGGACAAGUGACUGUUGAGAACAGGCACACGGGAGGGGAGGAGACUCUGGUGAACAUUCAUCAGACCGAGAGUGAGAAGCGCUUCAAUAAUUUUCAGAAUCUCCAGGAGGAGAACCGCCGGAAGCAGAUGCUGAAGCAUGAGGAGGAGGAGCGGAUUCGACUGGAGGAGGAGGCCUUCAUUGCUCAGAGGAAGAGAGAGGAGGAGGAGAGGCGCCAGAGGGAGAGGCAGAGGUUCUACGGGCAGUCCACUGGGCGUCAUGACAUCAUUGGCGAUCGAGAGGAGCACAUCGGCGUCGGGGACUUUGGAAUUCGAUCUGGGGGAGUCGCGACUUCUGGGGAACUCCAGAGGUUUUUGGCUGAUCUGAAGGAGACUGUGGGGUACGAAGUGUUCAGUCGUGGCCAGCGGCAAUAUCUGCAGUUCCUGGGGAGGUUCAUGGUGGCUGUCGAUGGGAAACAGUACAUCGAACUCAAGGAUGGACCCAUUUUACCUCUGCAGAAUCAGUACGGAGAGCAGAAUUAUGGAUCCAGUCAGGGGGUGACUGAUAGGUACUCCAAGGUCGAGGGCGAGAUCAUCACUGGGGAGGACGGACGGGUUUACUGCAGGUUGAGUGAUAAUAGGAGGUUCCCACUGCAGAGCUCCUGGAGCUUUUCCGAGGAGAGGAGCUAUACGGUCAAGGGGGGACAGGCUGGAGGAGGUGGAAAUCGAUAUCAAGGACAAGGCAGGAGCAACCAAGAAGAGAGUUUGACGAGUGGUUCUGGAAACUCCUGGCAACGAACAUCCUCAAAUCACGAGAAUUUCGGUAGUGGAGAGGUCGAGACUUACGAGACUCGAAGCCAUGAGGAGAAACGAGUCACCGAGCGAAAGCAGGGGAGUAGAACCUACGAGCGAGAGGGCUUUGGUAGCGCCCAGAAUUAUGAAGACAGGAGACACAGACUCAGACGUGAAGCUAAUCAAGAGCUUCUGAGGCAUGAGAGAUUGAGAAGAGAGAUAAUAUCGUUCGGUGAGGAUAUAAGACAAGUUGAUCAAGCAAUGAUCGAUGAUGCAAUCAGAAGGCCUGACCAGACAGACCAGAAUAUCCUGAAUGAGCUUGGAUUCUGUGGCAAUGCGAGGUGCCUCGUCCUCAGGUGCUUCGUUGGACGACUCGUCAAGGAUGAGGAGGUGUCCAUCAGUGCCAGGUUCAGGGUGAAGGGAGCAACGCUCAAUAAAAUCUCUGCGGGAGAGAAAUUAAAUGUUACAACAACAGUAUACGCCAAUGUCACUAAACUUCCGUUUAUUGGGAGACCUCAUCAUCUGGUUUCCGCCAGUCAUCAAGUUGUUACUGUUACUGAACCCACUGUUUCGUCUGUUGAAUCUGGUGGGGUUCCUCUGUGGGUUGUGGUAUUGUCUGCUGUUGCUGGAACAAUUAUCCUGUUGUUGUUGAUCUUUCUACUGUACAAGUGUGGAUUCUUCAAGAGGAAUCGACCAACAGAUGCGCCCGAAAGGCAGCCACUGAAUCGAAACGGUCAUUUUCAGCAUGGAGAUGACCACAUGUGAAGCAUUUGAAGAAAAUAUCGAGGAUAUUUUGAGAUCCCAAUCGAAUUGUUAAUACGAAUAUAAAAAACUCGAGCGAGUCCUGUGCCUUUGUUUCAUAUCAAUUAAACUGAAGGCAGUGGAAUUUCAACGAGUGGAAGAUGAUUUUUGGUAGUGACGCUUGUGCCUUCGUCCAUCGAUAGAAUAUCGAUAAAUGUCUUCGUAAGAUAAUCAUAAGAAUGAUUUACUGCCAUAAAAUACUCCCUUCUAGCUCCUGCAGCUCUACUUUACAAGUUUCUAGUCAGAAACGAUUUAAUUACGUAACUACUUAAGCUCACGCACAAUUGAAAAUUUUAAUUAAAUACUCUUUCCUUGACUAAUAGUGCGUGUGCACCGUAUAUUAAUUAUAAUCAUACUUGUUAGCUGCGGGAGCUUGCGAUUAUGUGCUCCUGGUUUAGAGUUGAGAAAUUAUGAUUAACACACGAAUGAAAAAAUUCCAGAGAAAAAAAUAAUGAAAUCGUGAGAAAAUUCUAUUAACAAUGAAAAUUAUUGUAUUCAAGAAAAGAGUUUUCAUUGCACAUUUUUUAUUAUAAAAGCGCGCAUUGAAAUCGCGGAAUUCUUCAAUAAUACACGUCCUAUAGAAUUUUCCAUCACAUUCGCUGAAUUUUUCUGUGAAUUUUUUUCUCGCGUGCAUUUUUUUAUAAUUCUGUCUUGUUUAGAGAUCUCACACGCAACUAAUGAAUGUCACUGUUUCAUUCUGACUGUCUUCCAACUCUAAUUGACUAAAAUAAUACCCAAUGGGCGAGCAUAAUAAGCUGCAUUUAUUAUGUCUGAUUAAUUAAUUGUAUUUAUUCCUGCCUUCUACGUGAAUCAGUACGAAUGGGACAUUUGCAUUGUUCGAAUGUGAAGAGCACUCUCACGAGGGAAACCAAGUAAUCUUCAUAUUUAUUGAGAAUUCAAGAAAUUUUGUAUUUUUGACGAACGUCCGGACGUCGGAGUAGAAUCAAUUCCCCUCUGAGUAUGUGUACAACGUGUAAAUUAUUAAUUUCAUACUAAAAUGAUUUUUUAAAUAGCUUUUAACUACUGCAAUAAUUAAUUUUAUAGGAAUAUUAUCAGUUCGCUUCCACUUCAAGCUCGUGGAAAUGUAGAACUGAUUUGUAAAUACAGAGUAAGGUUUAAUAUAAAAAUUAUAGAUAUAUUAAUUCAAUUGAA